GCUCGAGGAAGUGAUGACGCCGCUGGCUGAUCUCCAUGUGACGUUGAGCCCAAAAAACUGAUCCGGGCUGUGACGUGUCUCCUGAGUUUCCGGCCAUGGCGUCUGGCUGGGCUCCUUGUGUGCCGUUUAUCGGCUGCAGUCCGGCGGAGAGACAGCAGUCACCGACCCGAAGAGAAGUCUGGACUCCACCGGAUCGUUCACGCUCCAAAAACCGCAGCACAAAGAGCACAGAGAGCACCGGAGCGCCUACGUGCAGCCCGCUCUGCACGCUCACCGCUCUGACCAAAUAUGGGCUUCCCUCCUGCCAUAUUUGGGAACAUACGUCACGCAGGAGUCUUUAUAAAGCCGGGAAUCCUCAUUGAAAAAGUGACAGACUCAAGUUCAAGUUGUCAGCAGCAACAAGUGAAAACACCAACUGGAGUAAAACGUUUAAUGUUGUUUACUCUCCCUGAUGACUCAUCACUUCUACCACAAACAUCAGAGAACAGUCUUUUAAAAAUAUAUAAAAUAUCUUCACGCGGGACCCCGGAGCUGACGACCCUCCAGCGUUGGCUUCCUCUGAGCAUCAUCGUCCCCAGCAGCAGAAGCAGCGCCAGCCCGGCCAGAGCACCUCUCCGCCGGGUUCAGGAGCGGAGACAACCUCGGCUCCCCCGCAGCACGCUGCUCAGGUCCCAGAGCUCCAGGAGCGACUGAGCUCCACACCCGCCGCCGCUGUAUCUCACUCUUCCUCCUCGACCGAGAUGGCAGCGACCAAAGCGGAGCUGCUCUUGUCCGCCCUGCAGAUCUCCGACCCUCUGGCCGGCUUCACGUCGCCUCUCUCCCCGCUGGAUAGUUAUCACUCGAAUCUGGAGGAGCUUCAGAUGCUGCUGCAGAACGCCGCAGCGGGAGGCUCGCUGCUGGCCGCGUCUGCAGCUGAGGGAGCCGGGCUGCUGAGCGGGGAGUCCGGGGAGUAUGGAGACUCUCUGUCAGACCUGGACCUGCAGAGUCUUCCCCCUCUCACCCCUCGCCUCACCCCUCUGGCCUACAGUGGACGCUUCACCUUUGAGCCCGCUGCCAGCAGCAUGUGGGCUGAGCCGCUCCUUAGCCUCCUGUCGGGGUUGGUCAGUGUUGGGGCUCCUCCGCCUGCCUGCAGCCUCCCCUCCUCUUCAUCUUCAGUGACAUCAUCAUCAACAACAUUGAUGUCCCAGCCGAGCCUCAGCUCUGUCCAGAUCAGCUGUGGCUCUGGUGAUGUCACCUCAGUCUUCUCUGCGACACCAACGUACACCUCUGCUGCCAGCUCCGACCUUCUCCCCCACCACACUGACUCUCAGCUGCCCCCCCAGGCCUUCCAGCCACAGGGUCCACCUCCUGCCUACCCCAGCUCCAGGCUGGGGCUCCAGCCCUCCUCCCUGGUGGUGCCGAUGCUCCCAGACUACCUUCUGCCUCAGCAGCAUGACAGCGAGCAUGGCCUUAUCCAGGACCAAAAGCCAGUACUGUCACAGAGCCUGAACCCACUCACGCCGCUCUCCACCAUCAAAGCCUUCUCCCAGAUCCAGACCCAGACUCAAAGUUCCGCCUCAGGCCCCGCCAACCAGGCUGAGCUCACCAAACCCAGCCGGACCAGGAAGUCCCCCGCAGGCCGGCAGUGCAAGACGCCGCCACAUGAGCGUCCGUACGCCUGCCCCGCUGAUGGCUGCGACCGUCGCUUCUCCCGCUCAGAUGAGCUGACACGUCACGUGCGCGUGCACACGGGUCAGAAGCCUUUCCAGUGCCGCAUAUGCAUGCGCAGCUUCAGCCGCAGCGACCACCUGACGACGCACAUCCGCACGCACACUGGCGAGAAGCCGUUUGCCUGUACCGAGUGCGGACGCAAGUUUGCCCGCAGCGACGAGCGCAAGAGGCACUCCAAGAUCCACCAGAAGCAGCGGGACCGCAAGACAGACACUAACUCUUCAAGUAUGCCCAUCCCCAUCACCAAGCCCCCUGCCUACUCCUCGCCUCCCACCUCCUCUCCCUGCUCCACAUACUCCUCCCCCAUACACAGCUCCCCCUCCCCUGCUGCCUCACUCUUCACCUCCUCUUCCUCCUCUUCCUCCUCCUUCUCCCCCUGCUUCACCUCAUCAUCAUCACUGUCACAGGUCUACGCCUCCUCACCGUCUCCCCACCUGUACUCCUCCUCCUGCUCCUCUCCGAUGGGGAGUCCUCAGUCGGAGCUCCCGUCCCCCCACGGCUCCAACAUCUGCUGACAAACAGGAAGUUGUGACCUCUGACCCUAGACUGUAACUCUGCCUUUAACAAAAAACUUACAUAUCUGACCAUCCACAGACAUCAAACUGUACAUUUUAUUUCAGUGUUCAUCCAAUGGUGAUGAGGUCAAAGGUCAACAUAUGUGUGGAGGAGGCGUGGCUCCUCAUCGCCCCACAACAUCAACUUCCUGUUCCUGCAGCAUCUGAACGAAUGUUUGAAAACUGUUUUACAGACUCAGCAGCUGCUUCAUUUGAGCCUUUUCAGCCACUGUAAUCGAUGACAGUGUGAAAAUGAUUAGACUUUAUAGGGAAAACUGCUGAAUUCAGCAGAUGUCCAAUCCCCUGAAUGUAAAAAGACUUUAAUUUUUGAAUGAGUGUAAAUAUGAGUACUUUUGUAAGUGGAAUAUGUGUACAUAAUGUUUACUUGUAGUAUAGUGUACAUACAUGAACAUGUACAUAGUUUUUACCUACUGAGUAGGUUCUGGGACAUUUGUAUGUUUACAUGCAGGUCAGUGUUUGAUUUUAUACCGAACAUGUUUUCUCUUUGAAGCAAAGAUCUGCAAUAAUAAAAUGUCAAAAAUA